CGAGGUCGGUGCUGCCGCUUGAUGCGAGUGUGCGACGGUGUGUGGUGAGGAGUACGCCCUUGAACGUGGCUGGGAAUACAACCAGAGAAAGUAAAAGCGGCUACCACGGGUCGCGCAAGGCGAGGAUACCGAAGCUGUGUCGUAUUCGCACGUUGGAUCGCUCGCCAGUCGGUUGCUGCAGCAUCGCCCCUCAGCGGCAUCGUCUCGUUGAAAACUGUACAGAAUAUAUCUUCACGAUGAGCGCGAAAAGAUUUUUUCAUCCGAUCUACCUGCCGAGCAGAGUCAUCCGCAGGAGAUAGGGGCAGCGGUGGAAAUGUGCAGCAUCUUUUAGCGUGGUCGAAGAACACUACAAGUGGCGUCAAUGCUCGGCACGUUAGAGCCAUGCGAGAGGCGCCUUUGGUUCCGACAUGGCUCUGGCUCUGGGUGCUGGCCUGGGGACCAUGCUCGCGGGCCUGGAAGCGGGACGAGAUGCCGUCUCACAGCAGGGUGCGAACCCUCGACUCACUCUACAUUUCACCCCAGUUCACCGUCGCCCUCACCGUCGGCAGGGGCAAAUUGCUGGCCGCCUGGUCUCGCAACAACUGCGGCCUCCAGCACACCAGCGAUGGUGGCCUGGUCAUCACCGGCCACCAAUGCUACGACGUACCCACGGUCGACAUGUCCUCGUGGUCCGUACCGGCGUCCGGCAUUGCAAUGUACCUCACGUCAGUCCGUUACUUAUCGGAGAGAAGCUUCGCAGGCUAUGGUCCCGUGCACCACGUGCAUCGCCUGGAGAUCUUGCAGAAUAAGAUCACCAACAUUCGCCGCAGGUCGUUCGUGGGCUUCUCAAACGUCACUUUCCUCAGCCUGGCCGACAAUCCGAUCAAGUUUCUGUCCGGUGAAGCCUUCAUCGGCCUCGACAGCCUCAAGGUACUGGUACUGUUCCGAACGUGGUUGCACGAGUUUUCGACAGUCGUCGCCGCGGUCAGUCCUCACGUGCUGCCUGGUCUCGAGAUCUUGAAUCUCGGUGGGACACAAAUAUGGCGCAUCGAAGAGAACGAUUUAGUUCCCAUGGAGAACUCAUCGCUCAAGCACCUCCAGAUAAACCUGUGCGACAUGCUGACCUUUAUGCACCCUCACGCACUAAAGCCGCUUAAGAAUUUGGAGGGCUUAUACUUCAGGGACAAUUUGAACAUGCCGCUCGACAACAUCAUCGAUGUCAUCACCAACAUUAGUCAACAAACUUUUCGAGUUAUUGACGUGAGUCAGCCAGUUUCAAAGAAUGCCACGUACACAAUAUUCGAAGCAGUGUCUCGAACAACGGCGGAAGUAGUGAUUUUUAUACGGCUGCAAGAUGCCACGCUGACGAAAGACUUUUUCCCCUUCAUGCCGCGGGUUAAGUGCAUAGUUCUAGAGUCUGGAAAAAUACGAGACCUCAAACCCAAGGCUGUAGCCAACAUGCCGAAUCUCGAAGAAAUAAGUUUCGUCAGGAAUCAGUUCCUAGGAAUACCACCCGGAAUUCUGGAACCAAGACUGAAGGUAUUGGAUCUCAGUGGCUAUGACCGGGGUUUUAUCCAACUCGACGUUCCGGACUACGUAUUUGACAAAAUGUCGAACCUUAGGGAGCUUUAUAUGCGUUACAAAGCAUUGCCUUCUUUAACAGAAUUUACAUUCUGGGGCUUGGUAAGCUUAGAGAACUUGGACUUGAAGAAAUGUUCAAUAGAUUCACUUCCAGAAGGAGUAUUCAAGCACCUUACUAAGCUUAAGCACAUUGAUCUCAGUCGAAACCCAAUAUUUCGUCCCGGCUCCUCUGUUAACAUGAGGGCGUUUCAAGGUAUUAACUCCCUAAAGACUCUCAUACUUUCGGAUACAAAGCUAACAGACUUGUCCUCAUCGUUAUCCUUUGAAGAUCUGCAAGGAUUAGAGUACAUCGACUUGUCUAACAACUCCAUAUCGGUGCUACCCGAUGAUUUAUUCAAAAGCAGCUAUAACCUCGAGCAUCUCAACCUUCGUGAAAACUUAAUAGAAAGUUGGAAGCCACAGAAGUCAUCCAUAAAGAGGCUUAAAAGUUUAGAUUUAUCGCUUAAUAAAAUCCGGUACUUCAAUCGUGAUGCUUUGCGAAGCUUCGACCAACUUCACAUCCUGGACCUUUCAGAAAACGUAUUUUCGUGUACUUGUGCUAUCCGUCCCUUCCUGGAAUGGCUGAGGGGUACCAACGUCACCGUGCGCUACCUACCGUACACAACGCUGUACACGUGCAGUGAUCCCUUAGAGAUGGAUGGUAAAGCUAUCCUCACAGUCGACUCUCUCCUGCAACGAACAUGCAAGCCAACGCUCAUUGUCAGUAUCAUGUGUGUAGGCAUUGUUAUUCUAGUCAUCAUAAGCUUGCUCGUAGCUGGCUACAUUUAUAGGCGUCGCUACGACCGCUGGCUUCGGUCUCAGUCCAUGGCGUCUUCUGUGGCCAGCAAGGUGUACCUGUACGACGCAUUCGUGUCCUACAGCAAUAGCGACACCCAGUGGGUCAUCAGCAGGCUGCUGCCCCAGCUGGAGUGCAGUACUAUAGGAAACCUCAAGUUAUGCGUCUACGACCGUGAUUUCGUCGCUGGACGCAACAUUAGCGAAUGUAUCCUAGAGAGCAUCAAGCAAAGCAGAAAAAUUAUUCUGGUGCUUUCGAACAGCUUCCUCCAGAGCCCCUGGUGCAAGUUCGAAACAGAUCUUGCUCAGUACACGCUUCUUGAAGAGAACCGCGAUGCCUUCAUUCUGCUCAAAAUCUCUCGUCUCGACGAAACGCUCCUGUCGCCAAAGCUGAACUACCUCCUUAAGACGCGUAUUCACCUGAGCUGGUCUCAGUCACCCAAGGAGGAAGUGGUCUUCUUCAGCAAGCUCCACACGGCUCUCACAGACGACAAAAUUCGGCCUUUUUGUGAUCAGAGAGCGCCGGCUGCAGCACCAAAGUUACUGUUCUUCAAGAAGGUCAGGAGGAAAGCUAACCUCGUCUAGUUCAGGCACGCAAUCUUCCCAAAACGAUGUGUUCAGGGCUCUGCGCUAGGAAAAUGUGCCAUGUGUGCUGUACACGUACUCAUGCGAGCGGCUUAGGCGUCAAAUAAAAUUUGGUGCUUAUUUCCGAUCCA